UGUUCACGGAUGAACACCCUUCCUCGACCGCAAUCCUUCCGCUCUCGUCUAUUAUGUAAAACACCCGAUUCUGUUCUCGAAAGUUGACGGUAAAGUUGAGUUGUAGUUGUAAAGCGAGAUAUUUGUAACUUUCUGUUGAUUUAUUUACGGUAUCAAGUGACUAGAGACUCAGAGAGCGCGAUGGUGCUGAAAUCCGAGGACGGUGUCGUGCCCGACGACCUCACACCUGAGGAGCAGAUAGAACUGGAAAACAUCCGCCGGCGAAAGCAGGAGCUGCUGGACGAUAUUCAGCGUCUGAAAGAUGAGAUAGCCGAAGUGACUAGUGAGAUCGAGAACCUGGGUUCCACAGAGGAGAGGAAAAACAUGCAGAGGAACAAACAAGUGGCAAUGGGCCGCAAGAAAUUCAACAUGGACCCCAAAAAGGGGAUCCAGUUCCUCAUUGAAAAUGACCUUGUGAAGAACACCAGUGAAGACAUCGCACGCUUCCUCUACAAGGGUGAAGGUCUUAACAAGACCGCAAUAGGAGACUACCUGGGAGAGAGGGAUGACUUCAAUAUUCAAGUCCUUCAUGCUUUUGUGGAGCUGCAUGAGUUCACAGAUUUGAACCUGGUUCAGGCUCUCAGGCAGUUUCUCUGGAGUUUCAGACUUCCUGGUGAGGCCCAGAAGAUUGACAGAAUGAUGGAGGCGUUUGCCCAGCGCUACUGCCAAUGCAACCCGGGAGUCUUUCAGUCCACAGACACAUGCUACAUUCUGUCCUUCGCCAUCAUCAUGUUAAACACCAGCCUUCACAACCCAAACGUUAAGGACAAGCCCACAGUAGAGCGAUUCAUCUCCAUGAACAGAGGCAUUAAUGAUGGAGGAGACCUGCCAGAAGAACUGCUCAGGAAUCUAUAUGAGAGCAUCAAGAACGAGCCCUUCAAAAUCCCUGAGGAUGAUGGCAAUGACUUGACACACACUUUCUUCAACCCAGACAGAGAGGGCUGGCUGCUCAAACUGGGAGGGGGACGCGUCAAAACCUGGAAAAGACGGUGGUUCAUUCUCACAGAUAACUGCCUUUACUACUUUGAGUACACUACUGAUAAAGAACCAAGAGGCAUCAUCCCCCUGGAAAACCUCAGCAUCCGUGAAGUGGAGGACAAGAAGCCGAACAGCUUUGAGCUCUUCAUCCCUGACAAUAAGGACCAGGUGAUCAAGGCGUGUAAGACCGAGGCGGACGGACGGGUCGUUGAAGGAAAUCACACCUUCUACCGCAUCUCCGCUCCCACCACUGAGGAGAAAGAUGAAUGGAUGAACAGCAUUAAGGCGGCCAUCAGUAGAGAUCCUUUCUACGAGAUGCUGGCAGCGAGGAAGAAGAAGGUCUCCUCUAUGAAGAGACACUAGAGCUGCUCAGGACGCUGGUGUUACAGAUUCAGGGCUACUGGAACUGCUCCCCCUCGUGGAGACAGCUGAGCUGCGCAGAGAGAAAAACAACCCCAGCUUCAGAAAGGAACCAGACCGGAUCAGCGGAAAAGCACCUCUUUCUAAACAUCUUCUUGCUCGGCUCAAGUGUGCAUGUGUGUGUGUGUGUGUUGGAAGGAAGUCAGUGGGCUUUUUACUUGCUGCUGCUUCCUUGAAACCCCCAAAGAGAACAUUUUUCCUCACGCUUAACCAAAAUACGCUUUGUCCUCUUUCUACGCCUCUCGUCUCUUGCACACGCGCACACUCUUGCGUUAUCUGAAAUCAGCAGGUCUGACAGAAUGUGGAAAACCGAACGAAAGUUCCUACGCGCAUCAGGAAAGGACGAUUUCCUUCGUGCUGAUGAUAUGUACAGGCAAUAAGUGUAUUUUUACUUCUUUUUUUUUUUUAACCGUGCACAAGCGGCUUAGUCCUCAGAGGUUUAUUUGUGUAUUUAAUUGUAAAAACAUUUUCCAAGAGACUUCUAUAAUUUGCAAAGGAAAUCCAACUUUGUUGGGAGGGUGGGAAAUCACCCUAGAUUUGCUGGCAGAUUGAUUUGCCCCUAACGGUAAACGGCUCCACGGGCAUUUGUUUAUUUUCUUGAAAUGCGACAUGCGUGUUAAGCAUGUUGUGAGAAGCUGCUGCAGUGCUUUGAAUAUUGGCCGCUGGGUUUGCAGUGUAACACGUAAGCAGAAAGACUGGAUGGUGGCCAGCUAGGGAUUAUGGGAUAUCACCAUUACCAGGAUAUCAUGCAUUGGUACUACCUCUCAGACAGACAAGACGGUAAUUAGCAUAUUGUAAUGUUUUUUUUUUGUUUUUUGUUUUUUACGUGAGGUCUUUUAACCUAGAGUGUUUGGACUUUCACAUAAAAUGCUUUUAAUAAAAUGAAUAAAUGUGCCUAAUAACAAUUCAAGUUCAGUGUCAGUAAAGACUGUCAAUGGCAGGUUCAAUCAGAAGAUGCUUCAGUGCCUGCUUGCGUUUCUCCAGUCACCUUCCUUUCUUGGGUUUCCAUCGGUCUAGCAGUUAUUCUUGAAGCGAAAUAUUAAAUCUAAGCAGCAUCGGUUUAAUUUAUCAAAGAUGUACAUACUUUAGUGUAUAGAGAAUAUUGGUUUCCAUUUUAUAAAUGUGUGUACUGUAUGUAGCAGUAUUGUACUAGUCGAGUGCCAUUUUCUUUCCUUUUUUAUUUUUGUGUUCUGGAGGUCCAUACCAUUGUAGUGGUAGCCAGAUCAUGCUGAAAUAAAGAUAUUAUAGCAGC